AACACUUACAGUCAGCCAUUUUUCAUAGGGCAUCGCGGAUGCUUUUUCUCCCCGACCAAAGGAUAUUUGGUUUUUCUAUCAAAAUUCGUUGAUUUCGAGACGUCAAAUCGAAACCCCCGAAAGCAGAGACCGUGGACCGGUAGCGUGCGUGCAAUUGGCAAGUGGAAAUUGUUGGAACGGCCAAGUUUUUGACUCCGAAAAAGAGUAACCAGCGCAGACGUCACACCUUUUCAGACACCAAUACUAGCAGACCGGUACUAAUACAUCUGUCAAAGCAUAGGCUAACACAACAAUAAAAAAUAAGCGCUAGAAAAGAAAAGAAAACGUAAAAGCGAUUCGCAAAUCAAAGUACUUAUUGAGUACUUUCGCCCCGCCUCACGUUUAACUGCAUUUCCUCGCGAAAGCCGCAUAGAAUUUUUUGGAAAUAUUACGCAAGUAUUAUUUCUGGUCGUACCGUUGGUUAAUCAUGGCUCAGUAAACAUGAAUCCGCAACGAGAAUAUUUUGCUCAACGCACUCCGUGUGGAGACGAAGGCAAGACGCAAUUAGCUGCCCAUUGGCAGCUGCCCAGCACUUAUUCUAGUAUUACUCCCCGUCAAAAGUACACCAGCAACAAUAACAGCUACGAUGGACAACAACAACAGCAGCAGCAACAAGAAACCUCAAUCCUCUUAUCAUGGGAAGUCCUCGUCUGGUGAUUCGCAAAGGAAGUCUAGUGACGUACAUGCCAACAGCAACAAGCAGCGGCACAGUCGCCGACGGGAGCAGCUUCCCACACCUCGCAACGAUCAGCAGCAACAGCAGCGCAACGCCAGGCAGCAGCAGCAACAACAGGCUCAGCAGCCCGCUAAGCUACGCCCCAAUGUGGACAAGCGGCCGAGGGCUCGCGGAGGCGGCGGAUCAUACGAUCUGUCUGCAUUCCGCGGAGAAGACGGGACUCCAGGCGGCUCCGGACUAGCCUACGCUGGCGCCGGCUACUCACGUGGCGGUGACUUUGACCAUGAACUGAACUCUGUGUACGCACAGGGCAGCAAGAAGCAGAACUUGAAUCAUCUGCUUAAUUUUCACUGCGUGCCAAGGGAACUGGAGCGAGGCCAUCAUCACCAGCACCAGCAGCACCACCACGGACUGGGCAUCCGAAAGCAGCGCUACAACAAGGAGCAAUUCCUCCAGGCUAACUUUCAAUUCGUAAUUCGAACGGGGGCCAAGGCCCAAGUGAAUGGGUCACCGGAUACGCUGAUCGAUUGGAGCUACAUCGAGCAGAUCAACAUCCAGACCACAGAGGAGUUGCAGUGCCCCAUCUGUCUAUACCCACCGGUGGCUGCCAAGCUCACCAGAUGCGGUCACGCUUACUGUUGGCCCUGUUUGCUGCACUAUCUUUCACUGAGCGACAAAACCUGGCGCAAGUGUCCAAUCUGCUAUGACGCUAUCCAUGCGGGAGAUCUAAAGAGUUGCACCAUUGAACAGCAGAGGGAUUUUCAAGUGGGCGACAAGAUUACCUUCGAGUUGAUGCGGCGUCGCAAGGGGUCUAUGUUCAUCGAAAAAUAUGCUGCAGGGUUAGGAGAAACCUUCGAACGUUUUCCGUUCGUUUUCGCUGGAGAAGAGGCAAAACGCUACUCCAAGUUUCUAAUAGCCAGGCGGUCGGAUGUGGGCGCCAUCAUCGAAAGGGAGCGAGCGGAAUUACUAGCCGAAUCGGAUGACUCAUGUCCUGAGGAUAUAUUUAUCCAGCAGGCACUUGUAAUGCUUCAGGAGCGCGGUGAAAAGCUGGGUCUAGAAAAACCCGAUCCCAGAGAUGAGGAGGAAAUGCCACCUCUUGUUUGCGCAGAAUCCGAAACCAAGAUUGAUAUUGAGAAGUCAGACGAUGCCUCCAUUUCAUCAGGAGAGGCAUCCAGCAGUCUGAGCAGCUCCUCGAACAACCAUAAUAAAUAUUAUUAUUUCUACCAGUCCAACGACGGACAGAACAUCUAUUUGCAUCCUUUAAAUGUAAAGAUGCUGCAGGCCUGCUAUGGUACCUUGGAUUUGGGUCCUUUGCUCAUCGAGGCGCAGAUCGUACAAAUGGAACAGCACUCCAUGGACGAGGAGCAUCGUCGCAAGUUCACCUGCCUAGGGCAUUUGCCGUUAACCUGCCAGUUUUCGGUUGUGGAGGUCGAACUGCAACAGCCAAUUGUCUCUGGAGGAAUACUCAAGCUAUUUAAAGAGGAUAUUCUUCAUCGCAAGAAGGAGCGCCAGCGUCGAGAUCGCGAAGAGCGCAAGCGAGAGCAGCACAUCAACGAGAUUAAUGAUCGCCAGAUGGGCAAACUGAUCGCCAGUGCAGCUAACCUCAACCUUAGCUCGUCCCAUGAGUUUCCCACUUGCGGCUUCGAAGAGGCUUUGCCCACGCCAAGUGGUUCUCUACCAAUGACCAUCAGCCAUGAAGAUAGUGGAUUACGCCACUCCAGUGUUAACCUGGCCAAUGUUAGUCCCAAGCAGGAGUUGUGGCCCACUAUCGGAAGUGGUUCGCCUGGCAGCUCUGCUGCGUCGUUGGAAUUUCAGGUUGGCGCCUGGGGUCGUUCAGCUCCACCGCCACCACGAGCUGUUUUGGCGCCCCGUACCAGUGACGAGGACUUCGAACAGCGAUCAGUUGGCCACUGGGGGCUGGGAGAACUUUUAGUAGGAGCUCUAGAUCAGAAGAAGCAGAAGGCAGGAGCUGGGAAAGCCAAUCCAUCUGCGCCUGGAGAAUCCAAAAAGCAAAAGAAAGCCAAAGGCAAGAAGAUGGUUCCCCUGUUCGCCGUGGGCAUGAACAGAGCUCCAUAAAUGAGCGGGUUCGCCAUUCAAGCUUACAAGAUUUAUUGUAUUUUUUAUUAGAUGCGAAUAUUUCAACGUUAUUUCAAAUAACAAA